GGUGAUGAUGUUGAUACGUUGAUACAGCAGAAGAAAGCACAAUAGCACUGAGAGAGGACACACGCAGGACAACUCCGACUGGAAACAUCUUAUUACAGGUCAUCAGAAAGAAAGAGUUUCCAAGAGGAACACAUCCAGAUCACUCAGCAAUGGCAUCCUAUGAAUCUCAAGGUCAGUCUCCGACGAGAUGUGGCCCUCAGUUCCCAAGCUUGGGACAGGAACCUCCAGAACUGAGUCUGUACAGCGAUGGCUACUAUCCACCACCAUCACUGCCGAGUCCACAGCGAGCAAAUCCUUCCUCAUAUGAACUCGGAGACUACGCCGCCUCAUCGCCUAACCCCUACCUGUGGUUCAACAGCCCAGGGAUGAACAGCACUCCUUAUCUGGGUGGAACCCCAGGCCCUGCAGGACCUCCUUUUGUUCCCCAGCACUACGGCAUGCAGAGGGCCUAUUUGGGUCCUGGGGGACCAGGUGGUCCCGGUGGCGACCUGAGCUGGUUCUCCAUGCCUUCUCAAGAGGAUCUUAUGAAGUUGGUCAGGCCACCUUAUUCAUACUCCGCUCUUAUUGCCAUGGCCAUACAUGUUGCACCAGAUCGCCGCCUCACUCUAAGUCAGAUUUAUCAGUAUGUUGCAGACAACUUCCCUUUUUAUAACAAGAGCAAAGCAGGAUGGCAAAACUCUAUUCGUCACAACCUCUCACUAAACGACUGUUUCAAAAAGGUUCCACGAGAUGAAGAUGAUCCAGGGAAGGGAAAUUACUGGACCUUAGAUCCAAAUUGUGAAAAAAUGUUUGACAACGGUAACUUCAGACGCAAGAGGAAGAGAAAGUCUGACAGUCUCCUAGAGAAGAGCAGUUCUGGUGGGAAUCUGAGCUCAGAGUCAGGAGACAGUAAUGGCAGGGGCAGUCCAAAAAAUCAAGCUGUUGACAUUUCCACUUUGCCUGAAAAGGGUCCUUCACCCACAUCCACGGGUCCGUCACCAUGCUUGAGCAACUUCCUGACUGAGAUGUCUGGCGUAGCUGGUUCUCUCGACAUGGAGGGAGAUCCCCUGAGUCGUCCCUUUACACUCAGUCUGCCAGGGGAUGGAGCACAGAGAGCUUUGCAACCCGUAGGGUUUGGCACUUACUCCCCCAGCUCCACGUUGUCUGAGUGGGCGUCACCUCUGCCCCCACCACCCCCUAUUUCCCCAUCAGCGUCCCACUCCACUUUAGGCUACAGCGGGCCUGCUCUCAGUCAGUUUAAUGGGCAUUUCUACCCUGGUUUGAGCUCCACAGGUAUUCUUUACCCUCGGGAGGGCACAGAGGUGUAGGAAGAAAAGCGGGUGACAGCUAAAACAGAAAAAAAACUGAAUGAUCAAUACACGCUACUGUCUCUGGGGGCAAGAAAAAAUUGUUGUUUUCCUGAAACUAUACACUGCUUUUGGCCUAACCGAAAUCCUUUGAGUUCUGUGGGCACAAGAUACGAAUGAAUUCCCACAGGAAUGGUCUAGUCAGCAUGAGAUAUGACAGGCUGACUCUAGCAAAGGCCGCUGUUACCAGCAGCUCUGACCUGAGGUCAGCUGCUGACAUCAAGCCAUUUUACGCACAUAUCUGAUUCUUACUUAGCUCAUAUUACUGACACUGAAUUCAAGCACAUGUAAUGAAACAGAACAGAAGAAUCACUUCUUAUGUGGGCGGAGAAACUCCAUGCAGUGAAAAUAUAUACGUAUAGCAGAAUUUCUUCUGCUGCAUGCUGGUAUUGUCAUAUGAUAAUGUCAGUCUUUGUAUUUUAACAUGAUAAUGUGUUUUAUGUAUAGUUGUAAAGUUGGGUAUGUGUGAAGGAUGGAGUGUUUUUUAUUUUAUUUUACUUUACUAUGAGGUCUUUAAGGGUGUAUAUUGCUUCUUUUUUUAAUAAAAUACAUGUAAAAUAAAAGUGACAUGUUAUUCAACUGAAUAAUUUUAUUUAAAAUAAAUUCUGUUUGUAUUUUACUAAAAACAAAUUCCUUUUUAUUUUACUAAAAGCAAAGUUUAUCUCAGAUUUAGAGCUUCCAUGAAAAAAAAAAAAAAGAGAUGACCUUGAGAGAACUAGAACUAGUUUCACCAGGUCACUCUAACUGUCAUCACUCCUCCCUUUUUUUUCUUGAAACUUUCACUUUGUAUUAUGUAGGCUACUGCUGAGCCCACAGUUUUUGGCAGUGCUUCAAUUAUACUUAAAAUUUGUCAGCAUUUGUAUUCAUGUGAUGAUUACAUGGGAGAUAAUAUGUUGUAAGACAGUACAGUAGCUGCUCGAGAUAAGAGCUUGAUAUUUUUGUUUAGUUAACAGAAAAUUUGAUACAGCCAGACAGUGACAGAUAGUUAACAGUUCCCUUCAUGUUCUGCUCUAUGAUUUCUGUUCUAUUCUUAAAUAUAGUGGCCUCAAAGAGCAUUUGGACAUUUAUGCAUUUCAAAACAAUUAAUAGAUUUCUAGGUUUGAAAUGAAACAAUAAAUAUACAGUUUCAUCUUAAGAAAAAUAAAGUAUUUGGACACUUCUGGUUGUCAAAUGUAAACAUACAUGGUUAAUGUGAUUUACUACAACUCUAAUAAGGUCCAUGUCAGAUUAUAACAAGAGUUUUUGCACUCAUGGUGAAAUGCAGUGAGUGAAUGACUAUAAAGGAAGUGCUUUUUGCGAGCUUUCUGUAUACAUCCCAUUCACGAUUUGAAUAAAUGUUUUGUUUUACAUGCUGCUAAAUGGACCAACAGCCAAAUUAUGCUCUGCCAAGAUUUGGCAAUGACAAUUGCAUUUCUACACUGGAGUGAAUCCACUAAAUUGUCUUUCCAUGAGUCACUCACGAAAUUGCAAUGAUUGACACUGACACAGCGAUAACCACUAUUGUAGUGAUCGCAACGGAUGGGACAAAAAAAUAAAUAAAUCAAAAUAUG